GAGCUCCGGCUUUAUCCUUCAGUUUUGAAUAUUUGGAACCAGCAUGCGUUUGCAAAAAUUCCUGUGUUGCAUGCCCUUGAAAUAUGGCGUGAUUUCGGCUGGCGUUACAUUCGGCUUUGUGGACUUUAUCAUAGGCUGCGUUGGGUGGCAUAUGAUUGUCACAAAUGAAUAUCCGAACUAUGCCGUCGAGUUUUUUAGGACCAUGGACACCCAAAUCUGUGUGGCUGGAUUUUCGACAGUUGCAUGGUUGUUGAUGACCAAUAAUAUCCUUCUGAUCUAUGCUACGAUUUACAAUAAGCUUCUGUUUGUUGGAACCUGGCUGUUGAUAAACUAUUUGGUGUUUUUGUGCACUCUCGUCACCGUGUUGUUGGAUCCCUUUGCAUCCCUCAGAAUUGCUUAUCUCGGAUACUGUUUGAUCGUGGUGAAGUCCUACUAUUCUGAACUUACCGUUGUUGAGGAUUCAGAAUCUGUGUCCAGCAGAGGUGCAUCCGAAAGUGAAGAUGAAUCCAACGCAUAGCACUUUAAA